AUUUUAUCGAUAAGUCCACUGAUUUUAUAACAAUAACAAUGUCGUUCAGUGAUAAACUAAAGCAUUAUAGUAAACGAAAAUCGUUUAAAUACGGCGUGCCGUUCCUCAUCAUGAUGGUGGCCGGCUCCUUUGGACUUCAACAGUUUUCCAAUCUAAGAUACCAGUACUCCAAGAAGCAACCGGUGACACCCGACGAGAUGAAAAAGUACGGCGUGAACAUGAAGAAACGGCAAGAAGUGACACUGGAAACGGAGUACGAUAAAGUUAAGGCCGUGAACAUAGAUGAGUGGGAAAACAAACGAGGUCCACGUCCCUGGGAAGAGGAGGGAGUGUCACAGCCGGCCAAACAUUAACUAUUGUAUAGUGUAGGUGUAGGCAUAAGCACACGUUUAAUACAGACUGUUUGUUAUAUAUAUUUAUAAAUAAAUGGAUAUUUUAUCACA